AUGGAUGGAUAUCCCAUGCAGAUUACCUACUUCUGGAGGGGGCUGCCUCCCAGCAUUGAUGCAGUUUAUGAAAACAGCGAGGGGAAUUUUGUCUUCUUUAAAGUGAAAUUUAAUCUGUUCAAUCUUUCUGUUUCUUUCAGCAUUAAGAACGUCACUCCAAAAGUAGGUGAUGCUGAAACCCGUAAAGCCAUUCGCCGUGCCUUUGAUGUGUGGCAGAAUGUAACUCCUCUAACAUUUGAAGAAGUUCCGUAUAUUGAAUUAGAAAAUGGCAAGAGAGACGUGGAUAUUACAAUCAUUUUUGCAUCAGGUUUUCACGGAGACAGUUCUCCCUUUGAUGGGGAGGGAGGAUUUUUGGCCCAUGCAUAUUUCCCUGGGCCAGGAAUUGGGGGAGACACUCAUUUUGACUCAGAUGAGCCAUGGACUUUGGGAAAUCCUAAUCAUGAUGGAAAUGAUCUGUUUCUAGUUGCUGUGCACGAACUGGGACAUGCUCUGGGCUUGGAGCACUCUAAUGAUCCCACAGCAAUUAUGGCUCCAUUUUAUCAGUAUAUGGAAACUGACAACUUCAGACUACCUAAUGAUGAUUUACAGGGCAUCCAGAAGAUAUAUGGUCCACCUGACAGGAUCCCACCACCAACAAGACCUCUGCCAACAGUGCCACCUCAUCGUUCGAUCCCUCCAGCAGACCCACGGAAAAAUGACAGACAACCUAAGCCUCCCCGGCCACCCACUGGUGACAAACCUUCCUAUCCUGGGGCCAAACCUAACAUCUGUGAUGGGAACUUCAACACUUUGGCUAUUCUUCGCAGGGAAAUGUUUGUUUUCAAGGUAGGAGGCUGUGAAUUUUUCAGUGUUACUUCAAAGAGGAUGUUUCAGAGUGGUGAAAGGCCUCUCAAACUUACUGAGCAGUUUUCUGUGCCCUUAGCACUUAAACAGAAUGUCAUGGAGCGUUACUGA